AUGGUGCUGGUAUCAUCAUCGCCAGUGCUUAAGCAUGUGGAACGAUUACGAUUAGAACUUUUACCAAAUAUUGGCCUCAAGAUCAACCAACUAAUGAUAAUGAGACAAACAAAAGCAAAUUCCAAAACGUUUAGAGUCGGAGAGAAUCAUGUCAGUGACAAACCAAAACGAAAUCAACAACACAUGUGGAAAGUUUUACAUAAAAGGAUUUUCAACUGA